AGCUUUUCACGAUUUCAGUGCGGAUAAUUCAGUGUAUGGUUGGUGUAGUAUCAAAUCUAUUUACAUUAUUGAUUAUAACGCAGCUCCUGAAAAACAGAUUUUAAAUAAAUCACUAAUCUGUUUUGAUCAAAGCGACACUAACGUCUUAAACACAUUAAGAGAGCUGUCAUACAUUUAAGAGUAUCAAAAAUCAUAAAGGUAUUCAACUCGGGGAUGGGGAUGUUAAAAUGUACCGGAGUUCAUCAGAUAAAAAAAAAUUGCCAUUGGUAUAAAAACGUCUUCAGUAACCAAACCGACCAAUCGUAAAGUUGGUUUAAAGUCACGGGUGCAUUGCUCGUUGUGUUAGGUAGAUCGCGGUAUUGAAAGUUUAUAAGAUUUCUAGUGAAGUUUACUAUACAAAUCAUAUUGUCGUGAUAAUUAAUGUAAAUUGGAUAUUACAGUUGUGAUAAGGCUCGAAACGUAAAUGGAUUUGUAUGGUUUUACAAUAUGCUUGUUUAUAUCAUGUGAUAUUUCCGCCACUUACUGGACAAAAAUUGCUUCACGUCCCCUCUUUUUUCAUCAGAAUUUAACAUUAUAUAUGAUCGCAAACAGAUUAUAAAAAUUAUUUUUCUGGACAGAUUUGUGAAUUUUCCUCUUUUUGAUGAAAAUGUGGAUUUAGUAUUGAAUGGAUAUUAAUAAAAACAUUAAAUAGGACCAAAUUAUGACAGAUUGAAUAAAGGUUAACAGUUCAUCACCAUGGCGACUUCGAUCACUCUCAUCUUAACAACCUUGGCAUUGGUAUCCUUGACCUUCACUCAAGAGGCUCCUCCUUCUGUGACCUUUAAAGUUAUAGACGAACAAGAUACAGGCAUUAGAAUAGGAAGUCUUGCUAAUGUUACCUUGAAUGUUCCGGAAGCCGAAAGAGAUUCUUUACGAUUUAGUUUUUUAAUGAAUACGUAUGCUCAGUACUUUACCUUGAAUGGUGAAACUGGUGAACUGUUCACAAUGGUGAAAAUGGACAGGGAAUCCAUUUGUCAGACGUAUAGUGACUCAAAAUGUGAAUUGGAUUUUAAGGUGGCUGCUAAAACGGAUGGACAGUUCUAUCAAACAAUCAAUGUGAAAGUCGUUAUUGAGGAUAUAAAUGACAAUGCACCAAUGUUCACGGAUAAUCGUAUUGAAAUCAAAGUGUCGGAAGGAGCUCCUGUAGAUAGUAGGAUCCCUCUCCCAAGUGCCGAUGACCCAGACACUGGUGGAACCAAUGGUAUCCAAAGCUAUGACCUAGAAACACCAAGUGACACAUUUAGAUUAGUAAGUGAAAAAGUUCUUGAUGGAACAUUCAAGGUGGAACUUGUUGUGAAGACACUACUGGAUAGAGAGGUUACGCCAUCUUAUCAGGUCAGAAUUGUGGCUAAAGAUGGAGGGAACCCGCCAAAGUCCGGAGUUCUGAUUGUAGACAUUGUUGUUACUGAUAUAAAUGAUAAUAAACCUAUUUUUGAUCAUGCAGUAUAUAAUGUUUCUGUGGAAGAGGGGACACCAAGAGGGUCAACUGUUCUAACAGUCCAUGCUGAAGAUAAAGAUAUAGGUGAAAAUGGUGUUGUUACAUAUCAAAUGAAUGAAAGGUCAUCUGCGCAGGUUCUUAAAGACCUAACAAUAAAUGAGACAUCUGGUGAAAUAAAAGUGGCCAUCGAUAAGCUGGUUUUUCAAUCGGACUUCCAUUACAGCUUUAUUGUUGAAGCAUUGGAUGGUGGAGACAUUUCUCAGGUCUAUGUGUAUAUCUAUGUCACCGAUACCGGAAAUAAUCCUCCAAAAAUCACCCUCAGUCUACUCUCACCUGGGAAUAUUAGAUUUGUUAAUGUUUCGGAAAAUUCAAAAAUUGGAUAUUUUGUUGCCCACAUUACUGUUGAAGAUUCAGAUACGGGGGCUAAUGGACAAGUUAACUGCUCAGUUUCGAAUAGUUUCUUUGAUGUUGUGAAGCUCGAGGAAGAAGCCUAUAAAGUAGUUGUAUCAAAUACCUUAGAUCGUGAAGUGACUGACCUACAUAAUGUAACCGCUGUUUGUUCUGAUCGAGGAAAUCCACCUCUUAAUUCAUCCGUAAGUUUCCUUGUACGAGUAACAGACUUUAAUGACAAGCAUCCUGAAUUUCAAUAUAGAAAUUAUAAAGCUAAGAUUCCAGAAAAUACAAUGACCAACAAAGUUAUUCUUCAAGUUACUGCAACUGAUAAAGAUAUAGGUAUUAACAAAAGAAUUCACUACGAGGUUAGAAACCAGGAUAAAAUAAUGAUUGAUUCUGUAACAGGAGUUAUAACAGCCAAGCCAUUCUUUAAUCGUGAAGUUACACCAGUUGUAACAUUUGAAGUGUUAGCUAUAGACUCUGGAGAAAAGCCGCUGACUGGCACAGCGACAGUGACUUUGACCAUUGAAGAUAUGAAUGACAAUGCCCCAAAAUUCACCCAGUCAAGUUACACUUUUGAAAUACUGGAAAAUUUGAAUUCUGGUACAUCAGUAAAUGAAGUUGCAGCCACGGAUGCAGAUAUUGGUGCCAAUGGAAUGUUUACUUUUUCGCUUUCGUCCACUUUCAUUGACAGAAAAAUUCCUUUCCAUAUUUUUACUGAUGGCGUUAUUCAGUCAAAUCGGGCACUUGAUCGUGAAGUUCAAAGUAGAUAUGUUUUUAAUGUUACCGUAACUGAUCAAGGUAGUCCUGCCUUGGCAAGUACUGUUCCGGUAACAAUAAUUGUUAACGAUGUUAAUGAUAACAGACCAAACAUAACAUUCCCUACAAAAAGUAACAAAAAUAAAACUGCGACCCUCUACUACCCUACAGAAGACGUUGAAAUCGUAACACAUAUUCAAGCCCAUGAUAUUGAUGCUGGUGAAAAUGGUACGCUGAGAUUCAGUAUAACUAAGGGGAAUGAAUUAGGACUGUUUAAAAUUGAUGAAAAAUCGGGAAUAAUCACUGUUGCAGAUAACACAGUAGUUAUUGAAAAGGACAUAUCGAUAGCACUGUUGAUUGAAGUACGUGACAGGGGGGCCGUAAGUCUUUCCUCUACAGCUGAACUUAUAGUCAAUGUUAUCUACACUAACGCCACCUAUGAAGGAAUUACAAGUGAAAGUAGUAAAUUUGUCGUUAUUGUUGUUGUUGUGGUUAUAGUGACGAUUUUACUUUCGGCUGUCAUCAUCGGAGUUAUCUUUCUUCUUCGAACAAUGGAUCGUAAGAAAAAACUGUCUGAAAGUGCAAAUAUUAGAAAUGAUAAUAUGUACGCUAAUAAACAAACGGUGUACAUUAUGAAUAACACAGGAGAAUCUAGCACAGACUUUAUUAUGCCAGGUUCGGACAUUGGCAAGAAGAAGAAAGAAGUAAGCUUCUCACUUGAUGACCACGAUUCCAUGAGUAACUACCAACAUCUAGAUAUGCAAGUUAGCAAAGCCCCAAAUCCUAUACAGUAUUCACCAGAAAAGCCCCCUCGACUUGAGAAAAGUGACAGCACCCAGGAUCUUUAUGAUAAAGUGUCGACCCGACUAGAGAAUCUUAAAAUCCAACGAAUGCUCCAGAUUGCUAAACAACAACAACAAGCUGUGCAUGCAAAUCCUGACGAUAGUCGGAGCGAAACAUCGGGAGAAACUAGUAGCGGGGAUAGUGGCCGAGGAGCAAGUGAGGAGGAAGUCACAAGUGCAUCACCGUCACAUGAUGACCAGAAAAUAUUUGAUUAUGCUGUACCUGUGAAAAUAUCAAUGCCGUCUGCUCCUAGUAAACUAGUGCCAUCAAGGGCAGAUAACUACAGUGCUGUACCUCCUCCAAUUCCAUGUCGGACAUACAAACCAUAUGGAUCAUUUAACAAUAACCAAAGCUAUCUACAAAAUAACAGACAAUAUCAAAGUGCGCCCCUUCAUUUAAACAAUGACCUUUCUGUCCUUGACCCAAAUAUGUUGUCAUGGCAACAUACUCAGCCUCAUUCUAAUCAUCCAAUCAAAUCAAAUAGUGUAAUUGCUCAGAAUGACUUAGCAUAUUUCUUGGCGCGUGACGCCCACUAUCGUAAACAUUCGCAAGAGGAUGAUGAUUGCUCAACUACGACGUCAGGGAGUUACACAUUGCAUUCCAUAGAGGAUCUUUUGUGAUUUUGAGGGUUGAAUACCUUGACAAUUUGUUCAAUUUUGUGUGACAAAGCUCAAUUCUUAUUCUUCAAAUCAGUGAACUAUAUUUGCCAUAUCUGUGAUAGGAACUGCCAUUACAUAAUUUAUGAGAGAUCUCAAAUAUAAUAUAAAUAUAGAAUGACUAUAUUAUAUAUAUGACAAUAGUGAAAUACAGAUUGUAGAGAUAUUGAGGGGCAAUUCUAUGUCUGAUCCGGUUAAUGGCCUAGAAAUGCUGGAGUUGAUGACUUAUAAUGCUGGUAGAACAUUGACCAGUAAGAAGUUCAGAAACUGCAAACUUUCACCACUUAAGGCCUCACUGGGUUCAGAAAUGGUUUGAAGGAUCACAAAAAGUUACACAACAGGCCCAACCUUGUAGUGGUCAAGAGUUAGUACAACUUCCAAGUGAACAUAUAUUUUUAAUAUGGAUGGAAUGAUAAGAAGUGAACAAUAAAAACUAGCAUUAUUUUAUUCCAUGACAUUUCAAGGAUGAUAAUUGUGGUUUUGCAACAUCAUGAUUCGCAACAUAAACUUUUGAGAUGUAAUUUCUUGCUCGUUAAUUCUCUUAUAAAUUAUGUUGUUGUUUUUUUAAAGAAGUAAAAAAGAUUGUUCAACAUUUUGUGAAUGCACAAAAAAGAUUCUGGUGUGUACAUCUAUACAAAGAUGUAACAGUAAGCUGGAAGCAUGGAAGAAAUUGCAGAUUCACUUGUUUUAAUGAAUGAUGAAAAUGGCAAAGUCACUUUUUGUCUGUAACAUGAGGGUGCUAUAAAUUUGACGAGAGACACAAACUAUGUUGUUUUAUGUUUCUUUUGUUGUUUUUUUCUUACAUUUUCAAUUUUUGUUAUACGUACAUUGUAUAUUAUUGUGUUGUAAAAUUUCUACGCAUAAAAAUUAUCUAUUUUUGUUGCUCUGUAUAAAAAAGACGGGUCCAUAUUUCUUUAUUGUGUUCAUAUAAUAAAUGCCUAUGAAUUAUGUUUGAUUAAAACUAUAUCAUUUUCAGUAUGAAAAAUCAUUACAUUUUUCAGCUGAAAAAAAUCUGCAUUAUUUCUUUUUAAAAAUAAUCAAUUUGUAUUGUAUUAAGGCUGUUGUUUUUUAAUUGAUUUUAAUGAAACAUUUACCACUUUCAUUAAAAAAAAUUUACCAUUUUCUAAAAGAAAACACUUUUCAUGUGUAAUUCACAAUAAUGAAAUACUGGUAGGUAAAAAUCUGGGGGUUUUAAACCAAAAAAUAAUAUUAAAAUAACCCACAGAUAAUAUUUUUUUAAAUGAAAUCUCAUGGAAAAUAAAGGAAACAAUGUUUUAUAUUUUAGUUUCUUUGAUAAGAAAAAUUUUCAAAUAAAAUGCAAUUUUUUGAAGAUAACUUAUCAUUUUAAAAUGCAAUAUGAAAAAUAAUCUUAUCGUUCAACAACCACUUGAUUGUUUUGGAAAGCCAGUAGUUUGACUACUAUAUCUUAAGUCAAUAAAGUUAUGUUUGAUUUUAAAUACAUGAUGUAAUGUAAAAGGAUGAGUUUUACUGAAUUUUAAGAAAAGAUAAAAUAAUUUAAAUAAAUGAUGCAUUCGAAUUUUCUAUGAAAGCUUUUUGUGUGAAAAUUUAUGAUUUUAAACAUAAAUGGUUGUGAAAAUGACAAGAUGCAUCAACCAUGCAUUUUGAUUAAUGAUUUUUGUAAGAAUUAAAUUAUAUUUCUCGAAAAGGCGUAAUAUUCAUUUUGAAAUAGAAUGUUUGAAGAAAAUUUACAUGCUUUUCUCUUCCUGUGAAAGAUGAUUGUACGUAAUUAUUUCUCGGGGAUUUUUUGUUUGCAAAAAAAAUUAAAGAAGAAAAUAAAAUGAAUUGAAUAAAUUUUGAUACACUCAGAAAAGUAUCAGUACUUGAGUAUGUCAGGUUUAUCUUAGUAGUCCAUGUGGAGGGAAUCAUUCAAGUUUUUGUUAUCUUUUUUUUUGAUAAUGUUUCCUUCUUUACGAUACUUGUCUGCCUUUUAACUAUGGUUUUAACUUUGUAAUACAUUGAUUAUAAAGUUUUUAAAUGGAUUUUAUUAUAAUAAUUGACUGAAAAGAAAACACCAAAAAAAAAACUGAUUAUUUAUUUAUAAAAUUGUUUUUACUUUUUGUGGGAUCACCGGUCCUAAACCAUUUUAAAAUCUGCAGUAAAUGUAUUAUAAGUAAGAAAAGAAUAUAUAUUUAUUAUAUAGUAUACAGAUGACACAAAUAACACCAUGACGCAAAACCAAAUACAUUGUAUGAUUACUGAUUAUAAAAUGUUAUAGCUAUGUACAAAUUGAUGUCAUAAGUUUUUAUUUGUUACCAUACCAAAGUAUUAGUUUUGUACAAAGUAAAUGUUGAAACUAAUAAAAUUACCAAAAAAUAUGAAAUGAUA